AUGGAUUCAACCGAGAAAGUUGUCGAUACAACAAAUCCUUUGUAUCAAUUAUUAGAAAAGCAGGCAACGGAAUUUGAAUUGUUCGGACAACGUUUGAAAUCUGAAAUACAAAAUUCCUACGAAUUUAUCAAGCUUCAAACAUCAAAACAAAUAAUUAAUUCUCAUACCGAUCAAACUACGACGUCAAAUGAACAAACGAACUUGAAACCUGUUCAAAUAAUUUCAAAUCAUGUUAUUUCUACAAAUGAGGA